UUUACAGAUCCAACAUGAGGAAAAUACAAAGACUGGGGUCUGACACACUCUCUGGACAUCUGGCAAGCAGCAAAGAACCUGGCCAAAAAAUUGCAUGCUGCUGGCUCUGUCAAACUACAGUCAGGGAUCCAUCAGUGGAUGAGACAUAUUGUCAAUCACUUCUGGUACUGCUGUAAACAUGCAGUAACAGAGGAGAAAUUCAAAAUAAUGUGGCAUGGAGUCCUCCACCAUGUAAGAGACAAGAACAGCUGGUCUUUUGGGAGCUGUGACCACGGGCCACUUGAUGAGAACACCAGAGAUAAGCCAUGGAUGGUGCAAGGCUCUCCCUUACAUCAGGCUCUUGUGACCAUCGUCCCUGAUAAACGCUGGCUGAAGGAUGUGAAGAAGUUUACCAACUUUCACACAACAUCAGACCUGGAAUCCUUCCAGAAUCACAUCCUUAUGUAUGCAGGAAAGCGCUUUUCAUUCAGCUCACCAGUACGCACCCUUCUAGCAGCAACUGACUACAACUACCACAACAACAGGCCUGCAGCUCAGGACGCUGAUGGCAAUAAAAUGAACAAAAGGUGCUACAACAAGACCACCAAAACAUGGAGCGUCCACACACUGAAGGUCCAAAAAGACUACAGCUACAUCCCUCAACUUCAGAAAGAAAUCCUUGGGAGACGUUUAAACUCUGGAAAGGGACUUCCAAAAACAAGACCAAUGAGACCUGAUGACCCAAGGAGACUUGGACAUGUUGCUGGGAUUCCUCCACCACCUACAGCAGAACUACUACAAGCUCGCAUCACACAAGGAGACGUUUGUACACAUAUGCAUAUUUUUCUUUGAUCAUUUACAUGACAGACACUAGGUAUGACAUAUCUCAUAUCUGUGUAUCAUAGUUUGGUUAUUGAUAAAGCAGUAUAACUGACCACACAAUAAUAAUAACUAGUGUUCAUCACACACAGCACAAUCCUACUUUUAGAAUCAGUUAUGACACAUUUAA